GGGAGGGUUUACAUCCGGGUCAACUGUCAUGGCCGUUUAGCACAGCGUCGCUGCUGGUGAGCAGGUGACUGAUCUUCAGUUCCAGCAUUAGAUUUGAUCAUCCAUGGAGGAAAUCAGUUUCCAUCAUGACACUGUGCUGUCAGAUGUUCACAUGCUCCGUCCCGGUGGACGCCACCUUAUGACACACCUCAACAACGUUGGUCAACCUGUCUUCAUGUCUAGGUUCGUGAUCCUGGCAGAAAGAUGUGAUAGUCACGAGCCCGGGAGUGAAACCAGCCAAACAGUCAAACAAGCCGCUGAAGAACCUGAUAGAGAGGACAGAAAAGUAGAGUCGCUCUUGGAUUUCGAUGGAGAUCUUGACAUAAUACAUCGACCUCGGCCAAACCUUACAGAGGGCAGCAGUCGGGACUGGACUCGCCCAGUAGUUCUCAAACAGUCUAAUGAUGUAAUAGAAGAAGAAGAAGAGGCUGACUGCUUAAAAGAUGUUAUAAGGAUUGAGCACACGAUGGCCACACCCAUGGAGGAUGUUGGCAAACAGGUGUGGCGUGGGGCAUUAUUCAUGGUGGACUUCAUCCUCUCUAACCCAGUCAUGUUCAGAGGAGCUACAGUCCUAGAACUAGGAGCAGGGACAGGCUUAACCAGCAUCAUCACAGCAACCAUAGCUAAAACAGUCUACUGCACAGAUGUGGGAGAAGACCUUCUACAGAUGUGUAAAAGAAAUGUAGCAUUAAAUAAACACAUGCUGAAGUCUGCAGAUCACGAGGUGAAAGUAAGACAGCUGGACUGGCUUCAGGAUGACCUUUGCACAGAUGCUGCUGUGGAGUUUAGUUGGACGAAGGAGGAGGUAGCAGAUCUGAAUAACACUAGCAUCAUAAUUGCUGCUGAUGUUUGUUAUGAUGAUGAUCUGACGGAUGGCCUAUUCCGAACACUGUACCGACUCUGCAGCAGCUUUGCACACACCUGCACUGUCUUCAUCUCCAUUGAGAAAAGGAUGAACUUCACCCUGCAGCACAUGGAUGUUUCCUGUGAAGCCUAUGAUCAUUUCAUCCACUGUAUGAACCAACUUCAGGACCUGGAGAACGGACGGUGUAGUUUCAGAGUCGAUCGGCUCCCUUCUAACUUUGAUCAGUUUAUUUUAUAUGAACGUGUAGAACAACUGGAGCUGUGGAAGGUGACUGCGACUCCUCUUCCUUUUAAGCAAGCCAGAUCUGAUCCGGAAGCAUUUUAAUGUUGAUCUUGUACCAGCACCAAACCAAAGUGAAGAGAAACUUUCACCCAAAAUUUGACCUAAAAUAUGUUUCAAGUUUACAGGUGAUGUUUAAUUACAUAUAUUUAUUAAAAAAAUAAAAU